AACGCUUCUACCAAGGUACACGGAAUUUAAUGAAUAUCCUUUUCAGCACCACUCCUUGAGGAAAUACCCACACGCAACGCACUCGCACAGAUUGUCGCUCGCGAUCUAAAGACCGUCCUUCGUCCGAACGGACUUAAUGGCGACAAAAGUCGAAAGAAUUGAAGUACCAGAGAAAGACAAGAACAGAAUUUUGGAGUUUUACAAAGAAAGAACAGGACUCAGCGGCUGCCAGUUAUUGGAAUGGGAAGAGAGACCUCUAACUCCAGGCGUCGAAACAGCCCCUGUCCAAACGAUCUCGGUGUUAAUUAACACUAAAGGUACUGGAGCAUUCAGAAUCUAUAAAAAGGGGAAUAAUCGGCGUUUCGAAUAUCUUGGUGGAGUUGGGGAAGACGCAAAGUUGGUUAUGAUCGAUUGGAAUCCUGAGUGGGUAUAUUUCUGCUCUGGUACACUCAGGUUCAGAUAUGUUACAAAACAGGAGUGAUUUCAUGACAUUUCCUGCAGGUAGUUGGGUCUGCAGACAUAUUGUAGUGCUAGACUAUUGGAGAUUGGAACCGUAAUGAAUGGUGCGGUCUGCAAGCGAAGCGGCCACG